AUGGUAGUACGAACUCCUAGGCGCGCAGCGCACAAGAGGACUCCCUACAAACAGAGAACACAGGAGGUGCCCGAGCAAGAAAACACUCUCCCGAAUUCAAACUUGAUUGAUCUCAUCAAGUACUACAAAGAGAAGGAGGAAAUAAGAGAGGAGUAUAUAAAUGCACUGAAGGCAGAGAACACUCACUUAAGAAACAGUCUUGUAGUGCCAGACCAGUCGGUUUUCACUGGAAUGACAAUAUCCAGAGUGGAGGACACGCUAUACUGCAAGCAAACCAUAGAGAAGGACGGCGUCGUCUGCUCACUUUCUUUUUUAUUAGAGGAGCAUGAAAUGAUCUACACUUACAUAUACCAAGAAAGCAGAAACAUAAAAGACCUCCCAGACUACUUACAGAGAACCAUUAACUUCCCGAAGACACAGGUAAAGAUCUUCUUCUUUAAUAUUUACCAGUGUGUAGCUAAGGACGACGACGAUGAAUAA